UCAUAGGGAUUCAUCUACGAUCUUAUCAACUAGAGGGAGUCAACUGGCUAGCCCAACGCUUCCAUUGUCAAAAUGGCUGCAUCCUGGGAGAUGAGAUGGGCCUGGGGAAGACCUGCCAGACUAUUGCUUUCUUCAUUUACUUGGCAGGAAGAUUAAACGAUGAAGGACCGUUUCUAAUUCUUUGUCCCUUGUCUGUUUUGAGCAACUGGAAAGAAGAAAUGGAGAGAUUUGCUCCAGGUCUUUCCUGUGUAACAUAUGCAGGCAACAAAGAGGAAAGAGCCCACCUUCAGCAAGACCUGAAACAGGAAUCACGUUUUCAUGUGCUGCUGACUACCUAUGAGAUUUGCUUGAAAGACGCAUCAUUUCUAAAAUCAUUCCAUUGGAGUGUUCUUGUUGUGGAUGAAGCUCACAGGUUGAAAAACCAAAGCUCUCUGCUACAUAAGACCCUUUCAGAGGUAUUUGAGUUCUCAGUAGUCUUCAGACUCCUGUUGACCGGAACGCCCAUCCAGAACAGCCUCCAAGAGCUCUACUCCCUCCUCAGUUUUGUGGAGCCUGACCUUUUUCCUAGGGAACAAGUAGAAGAUUUUGUUCAACGUUAUCAAGAUAUUGACAAAAAGUCUGAGUCAGCAAAUGAACUCCACAAACUCUUGCAGCCAUUUCUGCUGAGGCGAGUAAAAGCUGAGGUAGCUACAGAGCUUCCCAAGAAGACAGAAGUAGUGAUGUACCACGGCAUGUCAGCAUUGCAAAAAAAAUACUACAAGGCCAUUUUGAUGAAAGACCUAGAUGCCUUUGAAAAUGAGAUGGCAAAGAAAGUUAAACUUCAGAACAUCUUGUCUCAGCUUCGAAAAUGUGUGGAUCACCCAUAUUUGUUUGAUGGUGUAGAGCCAGAGCCUUUUGAAGUUGGAGAUCAUCUCAUUGAGGCUAGCGGGAAAUUACACUUGCUGGAUAAGCUGCUGGCAUUCCUAUAUUCUAGGGGCCAUCGGGUUUUACUUUUCUCCCAAAUGACCCAGAUGUUGGAUAUUCUCCAAGACUAUAUGGAUUACAGAGGCUACAGCUAUGAGCGUGUGGAUGGUUCUGUGAGAGGAGAAGAGAGACACUUGGCCAUUAAGAACUUUGGACAGCAGCCCAUUUUCAUUUUUCUUCUGAGUACCAGGGCAGGUGGCGUUGGCAUGAAUUUAACGGCAGCAGAUACUGUGAUUUUUGUUGACAGUGAUUUUAAUCCUCAGAAUGACUUGCAAGCGGCUGCCAGGGCUCACCGAAUUGGCCAGAACAAAUCUGUUAAAAUUAUUCGACUGAUUGGCCGAGACACUGUGGAAGAAAUAGUCUAUAGGAAAGCAGCCUCCAAACUGCAGCUCACCAACAUGAUUAUAGAGGGAGGCCAUUUCACUCUGGGUGCCCAGAAACCUUCGACUGAUGCUGACUUCCAGUUGAGUGAGAUACUGAAAUUCGGUUUGGAUAAACUGCUGUCUUCUGAGGGGAACACCAUGGAUGAAAUAGACCUGGAGUCCAUCCUGGGAGAAACAAAAGAUGGCCAGUGGAUCUCUGAUGCCUGGCCUGCGGCAGAAGGAGGGAGCAGAGAGCAAGAGGAAGGAAAAAACCAUAUGUACUUAUUUGAAGGUAAAGAUUAUUCUAAAGAACCUAGUAAAGAAGACAGAAAAUCAUUUGAACAACUGGUAAAGCUUCAGAAAACCCUCUUGGAGAAAACUAGUCAAGAGGGCCGGUCGCUCCGAAAUAAAGGCAAUGUUCUUAUCCCAGGCCUAGUGGAGGGGUCUACCAAAAGAAAACGGGUUCUGAGCCCAGAAGAGCUAGAGGACAGGCGAAAGAAGAGACAAGAAGCCGCAGCUAAGAGAAAGAGACUAACAGAGGAGAAGAGGAGAAAAAAGGAAGAAGCUGAACAUAAAAAGAAGAUGGCUUGGUGGGAGUCUAACAACUACCAGUCCUUCUGCCUGCCCUCUGAGGAGAGUGAACCAGAGAACCUUGAGGAUGGGGAAGAUGAGAGCUCUAUCGAGCUGGAUUAUGAAGAUCCAGACUCAACCUCCCUCCAUUAUGUCAGCGGUGAUGUCACCCACCCUCAGGCUGGUGCCGAGGAUGCUCUCAUAGUACACUGCGUAGAUGACUCUGGCCGCUGGGGCAGAGGUGGUUUAUUCACAGCUCUGGAAACACGAUCAGCUGAGCCAAGAAAAAUAUAUGAGCUGGCUGGGAAAAUGAAAGACUUGAGUUUGGGAGGUGUCCUUUUAUUUCCUAUUGAUGAUAAAGAGUCAAGAAAUAGAGGGCAGGAUUUGUUGGCCUUAAUUGUGGCUCAGCACCGUGAUCGCUCCAAUGUCCUGUCUGGCAUUAAGAUGGCAGCCCUAGAAGAGGGCCUGAAGAAGAUAUUUUUAGCAGCAAAGAAAAAGAAAGCAAGUGUUCAUCUUCCACGCAUUGGACAUGCCACAAAAGAUUUUAACUGGUAUGGUACUGAGCGUCUUAUUCGGAAACAUUUGGCUUCAAGAGGUAUCCCAACUUACAUAUAUUACUUUCCUAGAAGCAAGGCUGCUGUUCUUCAUUCACAGUCCUCAGCUUCUUCCUCAAGACAGCUGGUGCCUUAACAAUUGGCCCAGCAUCAGCUCCAGUAUUCAUCAACCAGCUCCCAAGAUAUUUGACUCUACUAUAAUAGAGUAUUUCAAAAAAAGAAUUAGAAUCCGAUGGGCCUUGGAGAGAGUCUUUUUUCUGAAUUUUAAUUCUGUUCUCCUGGAUGUGUUACUCGUAUUGGUACCUGUAAUACAGGGAAGCACACUUAUGUGGGAAAGCCCCAGUUUGCAUAGUAUUUUGCAUAAUAAUAAAUUUUCUAUCUCU